CUUGGACAAAGCCGGGCUACGCAGGGAGUCAUCGCUUCUCUUCAAACUUUGAGAAUUUGCAUUACCACAAACUGCGAGCAUGGCCAACAAAACCAUCCCUCUUCUUUUCCGGGCACUGGUUAAGAUGUCUGAAGGAAAUCCCAACAGAGCAAAUAUCAGGUAAGAGCAAAAAUGCCGGUGAGCAAUCCUCCAGCAAGUUUGCAGCAACCGGCGACGUGUAGGCUAUUUUGAUCAUUUACCAACUGUAGCCUGUGGCUGAUUUAUUUUUCACAAUGGUUGAAUCUGUGGAAUACAACGCAAAUUAAUUUGUGUACAUUAAAAAAUACGUUUUGAAUCUGAGACGUUGGUGUAAAAUGUAGGCCUAGGACGCUCCUCCCUAGGGUCUGCAUGGUGCAGCAGAGAGGUAGGGGAUAAACGAACAAAAUAAGAAACAAUUUUUAUAUAUAUAUAUAUAAUUCAAUUAAAGUUGGUUAAAUCUGAGCUAGUUUGGAACAAAUAAAAUAGUGCAGUACAAUUGAAUAUGUUAAAUGCAUAAGCACGAAUAAGAAUUAUAUAGAAAAUUAUAUAUUUUUCCAAAUGGAGAAAGUUUCUAUUGCGAAGUGACGAUGCACAUCUCACGAUUGAUAACGCUUUGGCCUAUAUUGGCGUACAUUUUUAAGAGCUAAAAGACAACUUUAGCGUCAUUAUAAACCUUAGAAUAUAUGGUUUCUAGUAGGGUACAGAAUUGGAAAAUUGCUGUUUCUCUGUGUCAGGCAGUAGGCUAAAAAAAAGUAUGUUUCCCCAGUAAGAGGCAGCCUGCCUGUCUCCCAGACUCUGACCAGCAGAAUCAAUCAAUCCUCUGUAUUAUGUUUAGAAUACAAAAGUUGAAGGCAUAAAUUGUGGGCGGCAGGAGAUGUACCCUCAUGAUGAAAGGGGGUCAUAGGGCCGGGAAGUAGGGCCCCCUGAACAUUUUUGAAUUAAAAAUAUAUAUUAAUAAUACAAAAAAAAAAAAAAAAAAUCACAAAGGUAGUGCACUAGGCCUUUACUACUCCUGUAUUAUUAGGAGACGAUACAGCCAUCUGCAGCUCCCCCCCAAACAUAUUCCUGCGGCUAUGGGGUCAUGUGUGAAAGAGUUUAGCACUGGCCUAGGUGAUUAUUUUUUUUUUUUUUAUGUAGGGAAGGUUAUCAAUUCGGCUAGAAGCUGGUGGUUUCAUUUUUGAAGCAGUGAGAUAUUUCGUAUGGCAGUGUUUUUUGAGCGGGCAAAUGCGAGAUGUUGCAUUGGAAUGUUGAGUCACAGGACUGAGAGAGGAAGGGGGUCCCUCUGGCAGGUCUUCUAGGCUCCUACACAUGUCCAGUCAACAUGCUCUGUUCAUAACCCUCAGGUGUCUUACUUUAUCCAUCAAAUUUGUCUUUGAGUUAGGAACCAUUUUAGAUAGGCCUACUACAUAGUAGAAGUUAUAGAGCUUUUGAAAGGGUUUGGUCCAAUCUCAUUGUUUUAAGUCUGGAAUUUAAACACACUGUCAGACUAUUUUCACCAAACUGGGACAAAAUAAUGUAGAUUGUUUUUGUUAUAAUACUUUAAAACUGUUAUUUUCUUCUGGAGUUUGAAAAGAUUGACUAUCAAACAAAAAAGUCACCAAGGCAGGCGGCUAAAGCUAUCUGAGCAUAAGACCAGUGUGCUUUACCACAGAUGAACACAUACUUUUCUCCCUCUCCUCAUCCUCCCAGACACCUGGGCACCUGUGGGGCACUGUCAGAACGGCGUGCCACCCUGCUCCUGUCCUCCCCCCUCCUCCGGUCUACACCCUCCCGCAGCUUCAUUAACCUGGCUGCUGCCAUCACUGCCCGCAGGAUGGAGUACUCUGAGAGCCGCAUACUAGGGUGAGACAUCAUCACACACACAACUCGUCUCUGUCUUGUCAGCCCCUUUUGACCAGAGGUGAUUCUAAAGCCCCACUUUCCUAUUCUCAACUCCAAUAACCUUCAGUUAACAUGUGGUUGGAUUGAAAUAGACCUGAGCAUAUUGUAUCUUUACUAUAUCACAGGCCAAUGUUUACUCCUAGCUUCUUUUUUUAAAGUGUACCUGAGUAGUCCUAUGAGCAUCUUCUUGAUGGAUCCCCCUCUCCUUCCCCAUCCAGGUACACUCCAGAGCAGAUGUACAGUGUGGUGGCCAGUGUGGACCAGUACCAGCACUUUGUCCCUUGGUGUAAGAAGUCCCGGGUCGUGAAGGGAAGGAACGGGGAUGUCCGGGCCCAGCUGGAGAUUGGGUUCCCCCCCAUCGUGGAGCGUUACACCUCGGAGGUCACAAUUGUCCCAAACCACCAAGUCAGGGUAAGCCCCAAUAACAUGGUACAACACGGUUUAUAGCUAGGAGAGGGUAAACAUCCUGUAUCAAUAUGAAAAUUGUGCCCUAUUUAGAGUGCCUUUAGAAAGUAUUCAUACCCCUUGACUUGUUCCACAUUUUGUUGUUACAACCUGAAUUCAAAACAGAUAAACAUUUUUUUAAUCACCCAUCUACACAGAAUACCCCAUAAUGACAAAGUGAAAACAUGACAUUUCUGCACAUAUUGAAAAUGAAAUACAGAAAUAUCUCAUUUACAUAAGUCAAUAAGUGUUAGAAUCGCCUUUGGCAGUGAAACCUGGGUAAGUCUCUAAGAGCUUUGCACACUUGGAUUGUACAAUAUUUGCACAUUAUUAUUAUUAAAAUUCUUCAAGCUCUGUCAAGUUGGUUGUUGAUCAUUACUAGACAGCCAUUUCCAAGUCUUGCCAUAGAUUUUCAAGCCGAUUUUAAGUCAAAACUGUAACUCGGGCAAUCGGGAACAUUCACUGUCUUCUUGGUAAGCAACACCAGUGUAUAUUUGGCCUUGCGUUUUAUGCUAUUGUCCUGGUGAUCAGUGAAUUUGUCUCCCAGUGUCUGUUGGGAAGCAGACUGAACCAGGUUUUCCUCUAGGAUUCUGCCUGUACUUAGCUCUAUUCCGUUUCUUUUUAUCCUAAAAAAGUCCCUAGUCCUUGCCGAUGACAAGCAUACUCAUAAUAUGAUGCAGCCACCACCAUGCUUGAAAAUAUGAAGAGUGGUACUCAGUGAUGUGUUGUGUUAAAUUUGCCUCCAAACAUAACACUUUGUAUUAAGGACAUAAAGUUCAUUUCUUUGCCACUUUUUGCAGUUUUACUUUAGUGCCUUAUUGCAAACAGGAUGCAUGUUUUGGAAUAUUUGUAUUAUGUACAGGCUUCCUUAUUUUCACUCUGUCAAUUAGGUUAGUAUUGUGGAGUAACUACAAUGUUGUUGAUCCAUCCUCCAUUUUCUCCUAUCACAGCCAUUAAACUCUCUAACUACCAAUAGUUGCCCAUUGUGAGGCAUUGGAAAACCUCCCUGGUCUUUUUGGUUUCAUCUGUUUGAAAUUCACUGCUUGACUGAGGGACCUUACAGAUAAUUGUAUGUUUGGAGUACAGAGAUGAAGUAGCCAUUCAAAAAUCAUGUUAAGCACUUAUUGCACACAGUCCAUGCAAUUUAUGUGACUUGUUAAGCAAAUUUUUACUCCUGAACUGAUUUAGGCUUGCCAUAACAAAGGGAUUGAAUACUUGAUUCAAGAUAUUUCAGCUUUACCUUCUUUAUUAAUUUGUACACAUUUCUAAAAACGUAAUUCUACUUUGACAUUAUGGGGUAUUGUGUGUUGGCCAGUGACACAAUCUAAAUUUAAUCCAUUCCAAAUUCAGGCUGUAACAUAACAAAAUGUGGAAAAAGUCAAGGGGUGUGAAUACUUUCUGAAGAAUAUCGUGUACUGUGGAAUUUCAAUACUGUAACUUAUGGGAUUUCAAUGUACUAUGGGACCAGAUUAAUGGGUUAAAUCAUCUGUAAUACAUUGAUUAGAUCCUUCUAGGGGAUAAAUACAAAAUAGUUUUUUUGAUCACCUAGCUGCUAACAUUUUGCUCCUCCGUCCAUAGAGCAAGGAUUAGAGAGGCUUUGUCUGGGGCCAUGUCCUGGACAAGAGCAGUGUGUAAUGAUGAGUGUGCAUGUUGUCUCACAGGCCGUGUGUACAGACGGAUCCCUCUUCAGCCACCUGGAGACGAUAUGGAGGUUUUCCCCUGCCGAGGACCAACCAGACUCCUGCAACAUCGAGUUCCAUGUGAGUACCACCAUUUUGUCCACCAGAACAGUUCACUUUCAUUUGGUGUCAGCCUGAGACUAAAAGUCAGCCAGGUUAGAUAAUAGCACACUGAAGUACACAUCGUCUUAGUGUAGUUAACAAUCAUGAAUGAUACACCAGUGUUACAUCGGUCUACUCACACCAAUAUGAAUGAUUACUAGUGAACUUCAGGGCUUGAGAUCAAAUUGCCUGCCAGGGGGUUAGUUUUACACCAGCCCUUGCAUUUCUCUCAACCUCUAAAGAUACUCUUUUUUGGAAGGAAGAGGUUGAGUAAAGCCAAUUAGGUUUUAUUUAUAUCCAGUACGGUUGUGUUAGUGUUCCUAGCCUCUUGACAUAGCUGUCCAGAGAGGUCAUAGCGAUAUCUCUCCCUCUCUACUCCUCAGGGACUUUGUGACCCAAAUAUUGGGACAGGUUACCUGUAGUGGAAACGGGGCGAGGGAUUUGGGAGAUGGAGGACAGACUGUCUUUUGGACAGGCUCAUUAGGAAAGGCCUUAGGAUGACUUGGCAGGAAUAAUGAAUAGUGUGUAGUGGAAUGAGUUCAUUCUCAGUCAGUCAGCCAGCCAUUAAAUCAGGAAUACAGACAGUGGUCCAUCGUUUGGAUAUGAGGACUGUCCUCAAAGGAUAUGUCCAAGAUGGCGUAGCAGUGCGGUCGUGUAUUGUGUUGUGUCCUCGUGUAAAUAGCCAGUUUUUUUGUCUUUUAUUCGUAUAUAUUUCUCUAUCUCACUUUCCAUCCUUUAACUAAAUAUACUUUCCUGCAACCCGCCUCACCCAAUGUGGAACGGAUUCUAUUAUUUCUUUAUUUUUAUCAAGAACCUACGGCUGAAACUAGCCAGCUAACUAGCUACUUGCUAUUACUUUUACAUUUUAGUCAUUUAGCAGACGCUCUUAUCCAGAGCGACUUACAGGAGCAAUUAGGGUUAAGUGCCUUGCUCAAGGGCACAUCGACAGAUCUUUCACCUAGUCGGCUCGGGGAUUAGAACCAGCGACCUUUCGGUUACUGGCACAACGCUCUUACCCACUAAGCUACCUGCCGCCACCGUUAGCGGUCUUCAACACUGUCCGUGGCCUGCACUACCUACCAGCCAGCUCUAGCCUGGACAAUUAUUUAUUACUUCUAAAAAUCCACCUUUCCAUAAAUAAGUCUCUCACUGUUGCCGCUUGCUACAGACCCACCUCAGCCCCCAGUUGUGCCCUGGACACCAUAUGUGAAUUGCUUGCCCCCCAUCUAUCCUCAGAGUUCGUCCUGCUUGGUGACCUAAACUGGGAUAUGCUUAACACCCCGGCCGUCCUACAAUCUAAACUAGAUGCCCUCAAUCUCACACAAAUUAUCAAGGAACCUACCAGGUACAACCCUAAAUCCGUAAACAUGGGCACCCUCAUAGUUAUCAUCCUGACUAAUUUACCCUCUAAAUACACCUCCGCUGUCUUCAACCAGGAUCUCAGCGAUCACUGCCUCAUUGCCUGCGUCCGUAAUGGUUCCGCGGUCAAACGACCACCCCUCAUCACUGUCAAACCCUCCCUAAAACACUUCAGCGAGCAGGCCUUUCUAAUUGACCUGGCCCGGGUAUCCUGGAUGGAUAUUGACCUCAUUCCAUCAGUAGAGGAUGCCUAGAUGUUCUUCAAAAGUGCUUUCCUCUCCAUCUUAAAUAAGCAUGCCCCAUUCAAAAAUUUUAGAACUAAGAACAGAUAUCGCCCCUGGUUCACCCCAGACUUAACUGCCCUUGACCACCACAGAAACAUCCUGUGGCGUACUGCAUUAGCAUCGAACAGCCCCCGCGAUAUGCAACUUUUCAGGGAAGUCAGGAACCAAUAUACACAAUCAGUUAGGAAAGUAAAGGCUAGCGUUUGGGGACACUGUAAAGUCCAUGGAGAAAAAGAGCACCUCCUCCCAGCUACCCACUGCACUGAGGCUAGGAAACACUGUCACCACCGAUAAAUCUACGAUAAUCGAGAAUUUCAAUAAGCAUUUUGCUACGGCUGGCCAUGCUUUCCACCUGGCUACCCCUACCCCGGCCACCAGCUCUGCACCCUCCGCUGCAACUUGCCCAUGCCCCCCACGCUUCUCCUUCACCCAAAUUCAGAUAGCUGAUGUCCUGAAAGAGCUGCUAAAUCUGGACCCCUACAAAUCAGCUGGGCUAGACAAUCUGGACCCUUUCUUUCUAAAAUUAGCCGCCGAAAUUGUCGCAUCCCCUAUUACUAGCCUGUUCAACCUCUCUUUCGUAUCGUCUGAGAUCCCCAGAGAUUGGAAUGCUGCCGCGGUCAUCCCCCUCUUCAAAGGGGGUGACACUCUAGAUCCAAACCAUUACAGACCUAUAUCCAUCCUGCCCUGCCUUUCGAAAGAAUUUGAAAGCCAAGUUAACAAACAGAUCACCGACCAUUUCGAAUCCCACCGUACCUUCUCCGCUAUGCAAUCUGGUUUCCGAGCUGGUCAUGGUUGCACCUCAGCCACGCUCAAGGUCCUAAACGAUAUAAUAACCGCGAUCGAUAAAAGACAGUACUGUGCAGCCAUCUUCAUUGACCUGGCCAAGGCGUUUGACUCUGUCAAUCACUGCAUUCUUAUUGGCAGACUAAAUAUCCUUGGUUUCUCAAGUGACUGCCUCGCCUGGUUCACCAACUACUUCUCAGAUAGAGUUCAAUGUGUCAAAUCGGAGGGCCUGUUGUCUGGACCUCUGGCAGUCUCUAUGGGGGUGCCACAGGGUUCAAUUCUCGGACAGACUCUAUUCUCUGUGUAUAUCAAUGAUGUCGCUCUUGCUGCUGGUGACUCUCAGAUCCACCUCUACGCAGACGACACCAUUUUGUAUACAUCUGGCCCUUCAUUGGACACUGUGUUAACAAACCUCCAAACGAGCUUCAAUGCCAUACAACACUCCUUCCGUGGCCUCCAAAUGCUCUUAAACGCUAGUAAAACUAAAUGCAUGCUCUUCAAUUGAACGCUGCUUGCACCCGCCCGCCCGACUAGAAUCACUACUCUCGGCGGGUCUGACUUAGAAUAUGUGGACAACUACAAAUACCUAGGUGUCUGGUUAGACUGUAAACUCUCCUUCCAGACUCACAUUAAGCAUUUCCAAUCCAAAGUUAAAUCUAGAAUCGGCUUCCUAUUUCGCAACAAAGCCUCCUUCACUCAUGCUGCUAAACAUGCCCUCGUAAAACGGACUAUCCUACCGAUCCUUGACUUCGGCGAUGUCAUUUACAAAAUAGCUUCCAACACUCUACUCAGCAAAUUGGAUGUAGUCUAUCACAGUGCCAUCCGUUUUGUCACCAAAGCCACAUAUACUAACCACCAUUGUGACCUGUACGCUCACGUUGGCUGGCCCUCACUACAUAUUCGUCGCCAAACCCACUGGCUCCAGGUCAUCUAUAAAUCACUUCUAGGCAAAUCCCCGUCUUAUCUUAGAUCAUUGGUCACCAUAGCAACACCCACCUGUAGUAUGCGUUCCAGCAGGUAUAUCUCACUGGUCAUCCCCAAAGCCAACACCUCCUUUGGCUGCCAUUCCUUCCAGUUCUCUGCUGCAAAUGACUGGAACGAACUGCAAAAAUCUCUGAAGCUGGAGACACUUCUCUCUCACUAACAUUAAGCAUCAGUUGUCAGAGCAGCUUACCGAUCACUGCACCUGUACCUCAUCCCCAUAUUGUUAUUUACAUUGUUAUUUAUUUUGCUCAUUUGCACCCCAGUAUCUCUAUUUGCACAUCAUCUUUUGCACAUCUAUCACUCCAGUGUUAAUACUAAAUUGUAAUUAUUUUGCACUAUAGCCUAUUUAUUGCCUUACCUCCAUAACUUCUUACAUUUGCACACACUGUAUAUAGAUUUUCUAUUGUGUUAUUGACUGUACGUUUUGUUUAUUCCAUAUGAAACUCUGUGUUGUUGUUUUUAUUGCACUGCUUUGCUUUAUCUUGGCCAGGUCGCAGUUGUAAAUGAGAACUUGUUCUCAACUGGCUUACCUGGUUAAAUAAAGGUUAAAAAAAAAUUUUUUUUUAAAGGAAACAAUAUUCCUCAGAUGGAUAGGUACACUUGUGUCAGCAGCAUGGUUAUGGCAUUUGAGAGUACUUAUUAUUUUCUCCCCUUCACUCUUCAGGUAUCCUUCGAGUUCAGGUCCCUGCUGCACUCCCAGCUGGCCACCUUGUUCUUUGACAAGGUGGUGAAGCAGAUGGUGAACGCCUUUGAGUCACGGGCAGCCAAACUAUACGGGUGCCACCACGCCCCCCUCCAGGAGGCGCUAGCAAGGAGGCGAGCAGCAUGAGGAGACCCCUACCUGGCCCCCCACUCACCGACCAAUGGACUGAAAUAAGACCCGCUCCCUACCUCCAUCACCACCUGAAACCCCUCACCACUCAAUUUCAACAUGGUAGUGCCUUAUGCAGGAGACUGAGUCUUCUCGUUUGGAUUUUGUUCUUAUGUACACAAGCACUUAUUUAUUUGCACUACAGAAACUUUAAUUUAUUUACUUGAAUGUACAUACUAUUUUUAUUUGGGAUGGAAGUGGAUGUUUGUUAUCAGAUGUUCAUGUUUGAAAGGGACCUUCUUAUAUGUCAUUUAGCAGAUGCUUUUAUC